AUUUCUCACAUCUGAUAAGAUGGGCAAUUGCAAGCUCAAUACCAUCACCCAACUCCUAAUCCUUCUACUCCACUUGGGGAUACUGCAAAUUUCUAUAGCAUGUCCAUAUUGUCCAUACCCAACCCCUCCUCCCAAACCACCAAAACUCAAACCACCCCACAAAUUUCCACCAAAGGUAGAGCCACCUUGUCCCCCGACAAAGCCUCCGGUUGUAAAACCACCACGACACGCACCCAAACCUCCCGUCGUGCAUCCUCCUGUCAUCCCCAAACCACCCCACAUCCCCAAACCUCCCGUAGUUAAGCCACCCUACACUCCCAAACCUCCCGUUGUGCGCCCUCCAACUAUUCCCAAACCUCCCAUCGUGCAUCCUCCUGUCACCCCCAAACCACCCCACGUCCCCAAACCUCCGAUCGUGCACCCUCCCAAACCUCCCAUCGUGCGCCCUCCAACUAUUCCCAAACCACCUAUAGUGAAGCCACCUCAUGUGCCGAAUCCUCCUAUUGUGCACCCUCCGCCCACACCUAAUCCUCCCAUGCCCAAACCUCCUAUCGUGUACCCUCCAAUUAUUCCCAAUCCUCCACCAGUACCCAAACCUCCUGUUUUUUACCCUCCAGUCAUUCCCAAUCCUCCCAUCACUCCCACGCCUCCUGUAGUACCAUCUCCACCGUCAAUAACACCACCAUCACCGCCACCACCUGUGCCAGAACCACCACCAGAAACACCAUGUCCACCACCACCACCGCCAAAAGCGCAAGACACAUGCCCCGUCGACUCAUUGAAACUAGGUGCAUGUGUCGACGUGCUAGGCGGCCUCAUUCACAUCGGCAUCGGCAGCAGUGCCAAAGACGCUUGCUGCCCUAUACUCGGAGGUUUGCUGGACUUGGACGCAGCCGUCUGCCUUUGCACCAGCAUCAAGGCUAAGCUUCUAAACAUUAACAUCAUCAUCCCAAUUGCUCUUCAAGUCCUCAUCGACUGCGGCAAAACUCCGCCCUCCGGCUUCCAAUGCUCCGCCUAAGCUGCCAUCUCUUUGCACGAACUAACACACUCUUUUUCCCAAGAAUCUUCACCUUGAGAUGUUUGACGAAACCCUUUGCUGAUCGACAGGUUUCCAGUCAUUGGUGGAGAAUUAAUUCCAGAGCAUGCAGAAUGAUCAUUCUGAGAAGGGCUAAUUUUCAUGAUCUUCGUUUGUAAUUUUCAGUUCCAAAAUGUUUGUUCAAGAACCAUAUGUGGAAUAAAUUUUUGCUCUUAAUUAUUGUGGAAUGGAUGAAAGGAGUUGGCUCUGUGCUGACACAGUUUGAUUGUAUAAUAGGAACUACUCAUCAUGAAACAAAUCCCUUUUUAGGUGACAA